AUGACUGGAGCUUCGAAGUCCUCGGGCGCAAGACGCUUCAUGAGGCCCGGCCUCCGCCAGGCAACCUUGAUACUGCCCAAGACGGGCGAGCGUGUCAAACGGACCUUCACUUUGCGAUCGCCCACCCACGACGACGAAGAAGAUGCGGACGACAGCACGCCCCUCCUUGGGAACCACUCCGCCCCGCAACAGCACACAGGACCACUCGGACGCGCCGUAAACAAAGCGAAACAUGGAUCCAAGGUCGUCUACGGCUUUGCCACGUCCAAACUGGGACGGAGCAUGUUGAAAUGCUCCAUCGCAUACCUGCUGGGCAGUAUGGCGACAUUCGUCCCCCCACUACACGAGUUCUUGGGGAAAAAUGACGGAAAGCAUAUGGUUGCUACCAUCACCGUCUAUUUCCAUCCGGCUAGGUCUGCUGGCAGUAUGCUGGAAGCCACCAUGCUUGCCCUCAUCGCAUUCCUCUAUGCCUCUUUUAUAUCCUUUACAAGCAUGGCUGUUUCUGUCGCCUUCGGCAGGUUGGGUAUGCUUGAACUGGGACAUGCCAUCGUGCUCGUUGUGUUUUGCGGUGGUGGUUUAGGGUUUAUUGGUUGGUUUAAACAGAGGCUGGGGAACCCUCUCGUCAACGUCGCCUGCUCGUUGGCAUCUCUCGCCUGCAUCACAAUUUUGACCAAAGAGGGCUCCAUCCAAGCAGCCAAGUUCUCUUACGACAAGAUCUUCCAAGUCCUCAAAAUGGUGAUCAUGGGCAUCAUUGCAACCACCGGAGUCAGCUUGCUCAUCCAACCUAUCUCGGCUCGGAAGAACCUGCGCGAGGAUUUUAUGAAAACGACAGACUCGAUUGGAGAUAUGUUAACCAUGAUCACUCGAAGUUUUCUCUCAGGAUUCGAGGAAGAUCUCAAACAUCCCGAUUAUGUGGAAGCUGCUGAAAAAUACAAAUCUGUUUUUAACUCCCUAACUAAAAAUUUGGGAGAAGCCAAAAUGGAGCAUUACCUUCUAGGCACGGAGAAGGAAUACUGGAUUGAGGCGCGACUUGUCAGGUGUAUGGAACGCCUUGCUCAAGACGUGGGUGGCUUGCGAGGAGCCGCCCUUACCCAGUUCGCUCUUAUCUCCAAGCAUCCUGGUACUACCGCGUCAACUGCCAUCUCUAGAAUAAAUUCUGGAGACUUUAACACUACCCUUUUCCAGUCUCCGGAAACCACUCACACUCAUCUCAGUAGUCUCGCGGCUAUUAGUGAGGUUGAUGAGGAGAGUGACCGUGCAAGCCAAUCCUCUGGAGCCGGGGCUUCGACAGCGCCAAGCGGAGGCUUAACCGCUGAGACACCGUCUGAUAUCUUCUCUAUGUUCAUCGCGCACCUUGGUCCUUCUAUGAAGUCCCUGGCAUUUACUUUGAAGGCAGUUCUUGACGACCUCCCAUUCAGCGAAGGCCCGGAGUACCUCAUUUCCGUGAAUAGCAACUUCCGCAGCAGCUUGCUCCAAGCCAACGAGCUUUUCGUAAAGGCAAGAAAGCAGGCACUGGCUGAUCUCUACACUAGCCGGGUUCCAGGUCAGACCAAGCGAAUGGAGAUCCUGGCGGACUACGAGGAGGUGGCUGCUUGCUGUGGCUACUUCAGUUCUGCCUUGGAGGAUUUUGCAGAAGACAUGAUCACCUACCUUGACAUCCUGGAAGAACUUAAGGAUAAUUUGGAUCGCAAGCCUCAUAGCCGUUCCUGGAAUUGGCUCCUGUUUUGGCGCAAGAGUAAGCAUAGCAAUGAUGACUUGAGCCGCCCGGAAACACCAAAUGCAGUCGAACAAAGUGCGGAACAAGGCAUGUCACAGGGAAUGCCGAAUCCAGCAAGACGGGCCAGCGUGGCUGUCAAUUCUCCUUCGAAGUUGGAGAAGAGGAGUCACCGUAUGGCCUUUAAUCUGUGGGUGCGCCUUGGCUUCUUCCGGAGAGAAGACAUCAAAUAUGCCAUCAAAACCGGCAUCGGUGCCAUAUUAUUCGCAAUGUGGGCCUAUAUUCCGGAAACGAGGCCGUACUAUAGCCAUUGGCGUGGCGAGUGGGGUUUGCUGUCGUACAUGCUCGUUUGUGCGAUGACUAUUGGCGCCUCUAACACGACUGGCUACCAGCGUUUCCUGGGUACCUGCAUGGGAGCAGUCUGCGCUAUUGUUGCAUGGAUCGCCGCGCACAAUAACCCCUUUGUUCUAGCUUUCUUUGGAUGGCUUGUAUCCUUUGGCUGCUUCUACAUCAUUAUCGGCAAGGGCAAGGGACCCAUGGGUCGCUUUAUCUUACUAACGUACAACCUAUCCGCACUCUAUGCCUACUCGCUUUCUAUUCAGGACAACGACGACGAUGGGGAUGACGAAGGGGGUGUCAGCCCCGAGAUCUGGGAAAUCACACUUCACAGAGUCUGCGCUGUUAUGGCUGGAUGCAUAUGGGGAAUCAUCGUGACCCGUGUUAUCUGGCCUACCAGUGCCCGACAGAAGAUCAAAGAGGGGAUCUGCAUCCUCUGGCUUCGUAUGGGCUUGAUCUGGAAGAGAGAUCCGCUGACUAUAGUGCUCGACGGUGCCUCCAAACAUUCUUACUACGACAUCAGAGAAUCCAUUGAACUUCAACGUUUCCUGACCCAUCUGGAAGCUUUGCGCAAGUCGGCUACGUCUGAGUUCGAACUUCAAGGACCUUUCCCCAACAAAGUCUACGGCAGGUUGCUCCAGGCUACUGGACGCAUGUUGGAUGCUUUCCACGCGAUGAACGUGGUCAUUACAAAGGAUCUCAAGGCAAGCUCGGGAGAAGCCGAGCUGCUUCGAUACACCAGCUCGGAACGUAUGCAGUUGUCUGCGCGUAUCAGCCAUUUGUUCUCAGUGCUGGCAUCUUCAAUGAAACUGGAAUAUCCGCUCAGCGAUGCACUGCCCAACAUUGAACACACGCGCGACAGACUGUUGGCCAAGAUUUACGAGUUCAGAAAGAAUCCCGAGAAGAAUGAGCUUGCUACCGACGAGGACUAUGAGUUGCUGUACGCGUAUGCGCUGGUUACUGGACAAUUGGCAAGCGACAUCAAAGAGUUGGGACGGGAUAUUGAACAGCUGUACGGGACGCUGAACGAGGACGUGCUGAAGCUUCAGUGA